AAGUCUUGCUUCUCUUGCAUACAAAACAGAGCUCUGCUUUCGCCUCCGAACUAAAGAAAAAAAAAGCCAUAGAAACAGAGGGAAAGAUAGAUUUAUAGAGAAAGAUACAACAAUGGUACCUUAAAGAGUCACUCUUUCUAGAUCUGUGUUCUAUGUAACAUUUAGCAAUCCCCUCUUUUUGAGUGGUUUUGUUCUCUUUAAGUAGAAAAAGAAAGACAGUAAAAAUGGAAGACGGCAAGCUUCUUCUUUGUUGUUUCAUUGCUUACAUUUUGUUUUUUGGCGUCAAUGGAGAAAACCCUUACAGGUAUAUCACUUGGAAAGUCACGUACGGUGAUAUUUACCCUCUUGGCGUUAAGCAACAGGGGAUCUUAAUAAACGGGCAGUUUCCAGGGCCUCAGAUCGAUGCAGUCACUAACGAUAACCUGAUUAUCAGUGUUUAUAACUACUUAAACGAACCAUUCCUUAUCUCUUGGAACGGUGUGCAGCAGAGGAGGAACUCAUGGCAGGAUGGAGUCUUUGGCACGAACUGUCCCAUUCGACCAGGGAAAAACUUCACUUAUGUUCUCCAAGUGAAAGAUCAAAUUGGUAGCUUUUUCUACUUUCCAUCACUUUUAUUCCAUAAGGCUGCUGGAGGAUAUGGUGGCAUCAGAAUUUGGAGCCGCCCUAAGAUUCCUGUACCUUUUCCCACUCCCGCUGGGGAUUUCACUGUACUGGCUGGGGACUGGUAUAAGAGAAAUCACUAUGUAUUGAGACGUCUCUUGGACAGUGGUCGUAACCUUCCCUUCCCUGAUGGACUUCUCAUUAAUGGUAGAGGGUGGAAUGGAUACACAUUCACUGUUGAUCCAGGUAGGACAUACAGGUUCAGGGUAUCAAAUGUUGGGCUUACGACUUCAAUUAACUUCAGGAUCCAGGGUCACAAUCUGAAACUCAUAGAAGUAGAAGGAUCUCAUACACUCCAGAACACCUACAGUUCUUUUGAUAUCCAUCUUGGGCAGUCAUGUUCUUUCUUGGUCACAGCUGAUCAGGUGUCGAAGGAUUACUAUGUUGUUGUCUCUUCACGCUUCACUAGUCGUGUGCUCACAACAACUGCCGUUCUUCACUAUAGCAAUUCAAAACAGGGCGUUUCUGGUCCUGUUCCUGGGGCUUCCACAAUUCAAAUUGCUCCAUCACUCCUCCAGGAGAGAUCCAUACGUUGGAACCUGACAGCUAGUGGACCUAGACCUAAUCCCCAAGGCUCAUACCACUAUGGACUGAUCACUCCAAGCCGCACUAUCAUGCUUGCAAACUCUGCACCUUGGAUUAAUGGAAAGCAGAGGUAUGCUGUCAAUGGCGUCUCAUAUGUUCCAGCAGAUACCCCAUUAAAACUAGCAGAUUACUUCAAGAUUCCCGGAGUCUUCAAUCUUGGAAGCAUUCCUACCUGGCCCCCUUCAGGAAACAAUGCCUACUUUCAGACCUCAGUCAUGGCAGCCAAUUUCCGGGAAUAUGUUGAGAUUGUAUUCCAAAACUGGGAGGACACUGUGCAGUCAUGGCAUAUUGAUGGUUAUUCCUUCUUUGUCGUGGGGAUGGAUGGAGGCCAAUGGACGCCUGGAAGUAGAGCAAACUACAAUUUGAGAGACACAGUGGCUCGCUGUACUACUCAGGUUUACCCCAGGUCAUGGACCGCGAUCUACAUGGCUCUGGACAACGUAGGAAUGUGGAAUAUAAGGUCUGAAAACUGGGCCAGACAAUACUUGGGGCAGCAGUUCUAUCUCAGGGUUUACUCCCCUGCAAAUUCCUGGAGAGAUGAGUUACCAAUCCCAAAGAAUGCUCCUCUCUGUGGCAGGGCCAGAGGUCGCCACACAAGGCCUCUCUGAAUUUAGCUAACCGAAAAAAUAAUAAUGUCACGAAGGGGUGACAUGGUGCAAGCUUGGGAUAUGAUGAACAAAAUUAGGCUGUUAAAUAGCGAGAAAAUUUAUUGUGAGAGCUCAACUUGAGCUUUUGAGCUAAUUCUUCUGUCUUUUGCCUUGUAUUCAUGGAACUUUUCUUGUUUCUAUGAUGACAGGAUGGGCAUUAAAUUAAUACAUUAUAUGAACUCCAAUGUUACUCGAAAA